AUGAAUCUACGAAUCUUUCGUCAUGCACGUUCACUAACCGGUACACAAUCUUCUGUUACCAAUUUUUCCGAAAAACAAUUUAUGAAAAAAGCAGAAAAAAUUUCGAUAUUGAAUAAUUUCAAACGUCAGGAAGAAAUCAAAGAGAGACACGACUAUUUUAUUAAAUUACCAAUUCGCCAUAAACAAAAGCAUUUAAAAAUUAAGUCUUAUAUGACAAUUGAUGAUAAUAACGAUAGUUCAAAUCGACUGACAACGAAAGAUGUAGAAGAAAUUGUUCAAAAUGCCUAUAAUAAUGCUACAACAUUUAUUGAUCGACUGAAAAUGACUGAAUUAUUGAAACAAAAUAAUGUAUAUAAUUUUAAUGAACUAAGUAUCUACGUUUAUAAACGUUUAUCGCAAUCUCUAAAAACAGUUGAUUAUUCAAAAUUAAAAAAUGAUGAUAAUAAUGAUAACAGCAGUGGUAGUAACAGUGAUAAUAACUGUAAAACAGUAUUGAUAGUAGUAGUGAUAAUGAAAAUUUAG